UUAAGCUAAGUAAGAAGAUUCAGUUUACAUGGUUUUACUAGGGGGCCAGGCCGGGUCAAGCAGUCGCUGUACUAUGGUCAUAUGUGGCGGCAAUGCAUGACACAGUCCGCAUAUAUCCAUGUGCUUCUUAGCUUAUAAAUGCCCAUCACAAUCUCGAAAAUCUUUAUCAGAAGUAAUCUUUCCCAGAUUUCUCCUAAUCAAACAGUUUUAAUGGCUUCAUCAUCAAUAAUUCAGUUCCUCCUCUUCUCCUUCCUCGUUUCCCUCCCCCUCUCUAUUGCACAAGCAUCUUCAAAGCCUAAGGCACUUAUCCUCCCUGUCAAUAAAGAUGCCACAACUCUCCAAUAUGUAACCCACCUCAAUAUCGGAACUCCUCUUGCCAAGAAAGACUUUGUGGUCGACUUAGGAGGCGCGCAUUUAUGGAUGGAUUGCGACGAUGGAUCAUAUGUCUCGUCCACGUUCAGACAAAGUCUCUGCGGCUCUGCACCAUGCUCGGUUGCUAAAGCUACUUGUACAGGUGGAUGCGUACCUGGCCAUCAUAAAUCAGGCUGCAGCAAUGAAACUUGUUAUGUACUAUCCACAAACACAAUCCAAGGUAGACUCGAAGUGGGUGUUGUUUCCAGAGAUAUAAUUGCCCUUCAAUCCACAGAUGGUGCAAAAUCUGGCUCGCUAGUAUCAAUCCCUGACUACAUCUUUGCUUGUGCCAAUGCGUGGGAUCUAAAGAGUCUUGCUAGUGGUGCUAAGGGAAUGCUUGGUCUUGGGAGAGAACAAAUUGCUUUGCCGAAACAACUUUCUUCAUCAUUCGGAGGAAGCUUUCGUCGUAAAUUCGCCAUAUGCUUGCCUUCCGACUCAAAAUCCAAUGGUGUCAUGUUCUUUGGAGACUCUCCUUAUGUAUUCUAUCCAAGCUACAACACAUCAAAAGCCAUUGACGUCUCAUCAAGAUUCAAACACACAAAGCUCUACAUCAACACUGUGUUUACAGGAUCAUCCACCGUGAUACGAGGACCCCCAUCACCUGAAUACUUCGUCAGGGUCACAUCUAUUUUAGUAAAUAGAAAACCCAUUCCCAUAAAUCGAGCAUUUCUUGAAUUCCAUGCCAAUGGAACCGGAGGAACAAAGAUAUCCACAGUAGAGCCUUACAUUCAACUUGAAAGCACAAUCUAUAAGGCUGUUGUCGAGGCAUUUGAUGAAGAGAUAUCAGUUUGGAAUGUCAGCAAGGUGGCACCUGUAGCACCGUUUAAAGAUUGCUAUAGCCUUGGAAAUAUGGGGAUAACAGGGCUUGGGAUUAGCGUUCCAGACAUUGCAUUUGAGUUUGAGAACAAUAAGAAUCUAAAUUGGGGAAUGUAUGGAGCUAAUACUAUGGUGGAGGUGAGUCGUGAUGUAGUCUGUUUAGCGUUUUUGGACAGGGGUGAGAUGCCGCUUAUUACAACGCCUAUUGUAAUAGGGGCACACCAGUUGCAGGAUAAUCUUCUUCAGUUUGAUCUUCAUUCAAAUAGGCUUGCAUUUACAGAAACACUUUUAUGGGAAGAAGUUGAGUGUUCCAACUUCAAAUUUGAUCUUUAAUUCAAAUAGGCUUGCAUUUUCAAUAUAUUCAGUUGUUCAAACAAAAACAAUGUAAUAGCAUAAAGAUGGUCAAAUAUAUGGAGACAAACAGAACUGAUAGAAGACUA